AAUGAUACUCUGGUCAGCUUCAACACGGGUUUAUAUAUAGUGAAAUUGCCCUUAAAUUGAGAUGUAUGAGACGUAAAACAAAAAUGUGACGAUGUAAUAUGACGAGUUAGUUGUGUAAAAGGUUAUAGCAAAAGGUACUUUUACACAAGCAAAAUGUAGGGUGUCCGGAGCAGAUGUAUUUCCCCCAGAGGGUAGUAAUGUGACGAUUUAAUAAGGGUGAUGUCGACCAAUGAACGCACGUAGUUGCACCGCAAAAAUAGCUUAAAUACGAGAGCACUAUUUCUAGGGUGUCACUCGUUCGAGCCGUACCAUACAACACAGUUCAGCAGGCAAACACAAACAUGGCUCCAGGAGGAAAAUCAGCAGGAAAGGCGAUGAAAAAAUCGUCGGGCAAAGCGCAAAAGAACAUCGUCAAGGCCGGAAAGAAACGCAAGCCCAAGAGGAAAGAAUCGUACGGUAUUUACAUCUACAAAGUCCUGAAACAAGUACACCCCGAUACCGGCGUCUCCUCAAAGGCAAUGAGCAUCAUGAACAGCUUCGUCAACGAUCUUUUCGAGCGCAUCGCCGCCGAAUCAAGCCGGCUGGCUCACUACAACAAGCGUUCAACAAUCACCAGUCGGGAAAUCCAAACCGCUGUCCGUCUGUUGUUGCCUGGUGAGUUGGCCAAGCACGCCGUCAGCGAAGGCACAAAGGCCGUCACGAAAUACACCAGCUCCAAGUAAUCGAACGUGACGAUGAUAUUCCACAACCUACUGCGAUAUA